ACAUCUGGAAGAAAGGGUAAGGAGAAGGUUGAGGAAGUGAGAAGUGAAGUGGUAAAGCAGGUUUGUGGAAUCUGUCUGUCUGAGGAAGAUAAAAGAAGGUUGAGAGGAACGCUAGAUUGCUGCAGUCAUUAUUUUUGUUUUAACUGCAUCAUGGAGUGGGCAAAGGUGGAAUCUCGUUGCCCUUUGUGCAAGCAGAGGUUUAAAACAAUUAGUAAGCUGCAAGAUCAACAACCGGAGUUAUUGAGAGAUGUAGUGAUACAAGUACCAGAGCGAGAUCAGGUCUACCAGCCAACAGAAGAAGAACUCAGGAGCUUCCUUGACCCAUACGAGAAUGUAAUUUGCACUGAGUGUCACCAAGGUGGAGAUGAUGGCCUUAUGUUACUCUGCGAUCUUUGUGAUUCUUCUGCUCACACUUAUUGCGUUGGACUUGGGCGAGAGGUACCUGAAGGCAAUUGGUACUGUGAUGGUUGUAGACCGGUUGCUCUUGGAUCUACUAGUUCUCAAGCUCCCAAUCUGUCCCUUGAUCAGAGGACACCAAGCAACAACUUAUAUAGUAGAACAUCACCUGUUGUAAAUUUAGGCGGUGGUUUGGAUCCUAUUUCAAUACCUUCUCCUCGUGCACCAUUUGUCCAAGGAUUAGGAAAUCUUUCAUCUCCUAGAGUUCUUACUAGAGAUGCUCUGGCUGCUUCUCCGGUACACGGGGUUGGGGCACCUACAUUAUCAGGGAGACGCUGGAUACACCGACACAUACAGAAUAUCCUUUCUAUUGGCAGAACAUUGGCUACUAGAAAUGACGGCAUAACAACUGCCAAUUCAGGUAUCGGUUUCCCGAACUCCCUGACUGAUCAAAGUAGGGAAAUAGCAGUUCAGCCUGCAAGGACACGCGAAGCAGGAAUGUUACAGAACACAUUCUUUGAGGAGAGAGUGCUGGAUAAUUCCUCUUCUUCAUUGCAAGAUGGGAACCUAUUUCAUUCUAGAUCAGACCAUUUGAGAAGUCAUUCAGUUGAGGAACCGACUGCCAGCACUAUGGAUAGGUCUGUCAAUUUGACACUUUGGCCUGAACAUCUGAGGAUCAAUUCGAUAACUAGUAGGGAGCAGCCUCAUCAAUGCAGCAGCAGGUCCAACCUUGGAUCUGAUGGUUUUAUGGCCCCUUCUAUGCCAAGAGAAGAGGGUGAUUCUUCCAAAGCCAAGGAACAAUUGCAAGUAAUGGUCGAAACCCAUUUAAAGAAUUUGUCAAGAGAUACCGAGUUAGGCAAUGGUACUAUCACAGACAUUGUGAGGAGUUCUAUUCACACUAUUUUAGCUGCAUGCGGACUUGAGCAUAGGAGAAACGAGGUUCACGUUGUGCCUCCACCAUUAUUGUGUCCUCAUGUUGAGGUCACAUCUAUAGGGCAGAGAAGUCUGAUGGAAGGUUGUUGUUCAUCUUGUUUUGAUUCUUUUGUAAAAGAUGUAGUUAAGAGGAUCAUGGACACAAGACUUCCUCAAUGGCUGAGUUUAGGUCUUUAGAUAUUGAUGCUGUUAAUCUUUCUAAAUAGCUUUUUUUUUCCCCUUCUUUUCCUCCACUUUGGAGGUAGACCAGACACCAUUUUUCUCUUCCUUUUUUUAUUUUGGCCUUUCUUGUAACUUUGUCUAUAGAGAUGAUUCACUGACAUUGAGCACAAACGGGGCUCUCUAUUCUUAAUUUAUCAUUAUAAUAGUCAAUUGUUUCUAGGUGAA